UCAACUCUUCGACGUCUCUCGGUCUUUUCGUUCUUCGUUCUCUCUUUGCCAUUGUUUCUUGUCUGUCAUUCUCUUCUUCACAGUCGCUCUUUAUAUAUAUUCAUGUAAUUCACCCAUAAUUCUACCCAUUUAAUAAGCUUUCUACGUGCCACCCAAUUAGCACACCACGCUCACUCUAAAUUUAACCGCCUUUGAAACACUUCCAGCAUCAGUCUUUCAACUGCAGCACCCCCAGGGUCCAGCAUCCAGCUCCUUAAGGCGGCUAUCCUCUAGGCGCCCUGUCAUUCAUUUAUUCAUUAAUUCGUUCUUCGACGCUCACUGCGAGACCAUUCCUACUUCGAUUCUUCAGCCUUAAUUUCGGGAUCCUUCACAUCUAGAGCCGCCAUAUCAGCACUCCUUUCUCCAGCCGUUCGUGGAGCAUUUGUUCUUAUUUCUUGUUUCUAUAUAUAUAUUCUUUCCCCCUCUACAUACUAUCACCGUUCUUCCCUCUUGGGGAUUUUUUUAUUUUCAACAGCCCGUUUUCCCGUGGAGUAAUGCGAUGAGGAAUAAGUCGAGUUAGGGUCCACGAUAAUGUCUUUAUCUUCCCCUUCAUCUAGAAGGUCAACACCAAAGCGCCGUCCACUCCAUCAACGAACAAACUCGCAGAACAAUGCCGUCUCCCCGCCUUCGCCUGUCCAUCCAGUUUCACCAACACUCCGACUGGUAUCAAACAAAACUGACUACUCGGAGGAUGAUGAUGUCUUCAGCAACCCAGACGAUGUUGACAUAUACUCUGCUAACCCAUAUCCUACCAAACCCGCUCAUGUACUACUGCCUCCAGGUUCCUCAUCUGCUAGAGGCCGUAUAACUAGAAGCGGGACUCCUUCAACAAUUACUCCCUCCAAUACUUGGAGUUCUAGGCCCAGUGUUUCUCCGGAUCUAGAAUCCUCCAGUUCCAGCCAACAACCCACCGGAAGCGCCUCGGACCUUUCCACUUUUAUGGGAAACACUUCAAGCGCAAUAUGGGGCCAGGAUCCAAAGUCGAGUAACACUACUGUCGCUCGCUCAGUCACCCCACAGGCCUCAGAGAGUGGUGAUAGUGGCAACGAUAACGACCAGGAGAAAUCUUCUGACCGCAGUAGCGUAACCGCGCUUCCAAGGCCUGUUGCCACUACUAUCAAGUUGGUCAAUGAGCGGGAACGAGAGUUGUCACGAUCAAGCCGUACGCCUCCAAGCAGAUCUCCUCCGUCUGACGGCUCCCUCCUAAUCGGAUGUUCUAUUACUCGUGGCUACUCGUCCUCUUCAAAUUCGUCCUCGAAUGUUGCCCGGAUUGGGUAUACAUCCAGUCCUAACCUGGUGCCAUUGAACAGUUCGUCGCCAAAUUUGCUUCCCAUUGGCUCUUCUCCUAACGUUGUCAGGACUCGCGCUUCCGAGUCUUCGUUGUUUUCGGCAAAUUCGUUUGGAACGGCGAUAAGGUAUAUCCGCAAUCGAGGAGGGCAGAAUACCACUUCAGAACCAGCAUCCGCGGCCCCAUCUGACUCCCAUACUCCGUCCAUCCCCUCGAGCCCCCCGGUCCCAGUGCUAAGGUCGUACCAAUCGACAUCAACACUUGAUCUCAAUGCACGGUCAAGCCAAGGGAAUGUUUCCUUACCCAGCAUGCCAUCAGAUAUUGAUAUCCAGGCCGUUAUGGACAGCGGAGUUCCUAUACAGUACCCGAUAUUACGUCCACCCUCGUCGUCCGGCUCGUACGCAGAAACGUCCAUGGUCUCCAUCCCAGAGCCGUUGGCAGUAGCCCGUCCUCCAACUCGACGCUGGAACCCGGACUUGUCCUCCGUCUCGUUUGACAUGUCAAUUCCAAUGGACGAGCGACACAAUCUUCCGUCAUUAUCCCUCGAUGGCACCCAAGGGAGAUCCAGACAGGUGACUGAAACUGAGCAAUCUUGGCUCUCCGCACACCAGCAAUCCGAGAUGCCAGAUUAUUCAGUAAUGGAUGAAUCCGAGAUGGAUGAGGUUAGCGACCGCAUUACCCAUCUUCAUGCCUUGCGUGUUCUAAAGCAUAAGACAUCCGCCACCCUCAGCUAUCGGUCAUCCCUCUCAAGACGAGGCUCUCUAAGCCGGUCGGGGUCAACAGCAAGUCAAUUUCUAACUACUAUUCCCCAACCAAAUACCCCACGAGAAAUCCCUGCUGUGACCCAGGUCUCCUACUCAGAGCCCUUGGAGGAAUUAUCAAAUCAAGCUGUAGUCCGUGUACCGCCUGGAAAUAUCUCGCGUCCACGAACACGGCCUCGCCGAGGGAGCCAGCCUGUACAACGACAAGAGCAUCUAGAGUCACAGCAAGUACGGCGGCAGGAAUCGAUGCCGAUACCAGAAGCAGAAAUACAAGUGGAGCAAUCGGAACAAGCCCAGGUUGAGCCUAAACCAAAAGCCAUCCGACGAGACUCUCGUGAUCCGAGAACACAUUGGGCCGGUAUUGUUGGAGAAGAUGAGAUUACACCUCAGCCCUCUCGCGAAGUGACACCCAGGGGUGUCUGGUCACCACAUCUGUAUACAGAUAAACGAUUCCGUUCAACUGAGAGGAAAAUAUGGAAGGCUCCACCAUACGACGAAUCUGGCGAAUAUAUAUGGAGUAGACGAAACAUGCAAGUGCUCAGUUUUUGCUUUGGUUUUAUCUUUCCAUUGGCCUGGUUGAUUGCCUCGUUUCUGCCUUUGCCAAUCAAGCCACCAUCUGUUGACAACGGAAUGCCAGGGCAGCCAGAUAUUGAAAAAGCGGCUGCUCACCGAGCAGUCCUGGCUGAUAAUUUACGUUACGAAAACGCCCGAUGGUGGCGGAAUCUGAACCGUUGCAUGACACCAGUUGGCUUGUCAAUCAUUAUAAUAGUUAUCACACUAUCCGUUCUUGGAUCACGAAACGCCCUAUGA